GAGCCAUUCAUCUCAAACCAGAUUUGCAGCAUCUAUAUAUGAAUAGAGGCCAAAUACUUUUGGAGAUGAAGAAUUUGGACUUGGCUAGUUUCUGUGUAAGACAUGCAGCUGAGUUAAGCAGUGGUCUUGGAGUAUCUGCAACACAGCAAGCCGCCGUCUUCUCCAUUUCUACAGGAAUAUUCCAAAGCAACAGAAUCAUUAUCUGCAGCAUCCCGAGUCAGACCCACCGUCCCCACUUACGUAUUACUCGGUAAAACACAGAUCAAGGAUAAGAAACAUGAUCAAGCAAUAGAGAGUCUAGAAAAAGCCCUGGAAUUAAUGAGACAGACAAUGCAGACUGCGUUGGAUAUUAAGAAACCAUGGCAGGAUAAAGAACCAUGGCCAAAGGAAGCUGCUGAGGUCCAGUUCCUGAUUGGUAUGUGUCAAAUGGAGCUAGUUAAUUAUGUGAAAGCAUUUGAGGCUUUUAAUAGUGCUAUUCGAAUCAAUCCAGAGUAUGCAGAGGCAUAUUACCAGCGUGGCUUAGUGAGAAUGAGAUUGAAACAGUCUAAAGGUGUACAAGAUUUCAACAGAGCUCUAGCCAUUAACCCAACACUCUACCAGGCCUAUCUGAGUAGAGCUGCUUUCUAUGGUAUGAAAGGUAGAUACAGCAAGGGUAUUAUCAAUUGUAAUGAAGCUAUUAAACUACAGCCUCACAGUGUUAGAGCAUAUAUGUAUAGGGGUGCAUUGAAGUAUCAUAUCCAUGCAUUUGACCUGGCUAUUCGUGAUUUAACAAAAGCUAUUGAUAUUGACAACACAUGUUCCCUGGCUUAUUUCAACCGGGCAGUAUGUUAUCACACAAUGAAACAGUAUGAUAAGGCAUUGAGAGAUUAUGGUAUUGUGUUAUUGCUUGGAGAAGAGAAUGCAUUAAAAGUAUUAAUUAAUCGUGGAUUGAUGUAUUUUGAAAGAAAGGAUUAUAAAAAUGCGUUACAAGAUUUCUACAAUGCUGUCAAGGUGGAGCCCAAUGAUCCCAAGAUAAGGCAUACUUUGGGUCUUUGCUUCCAUAAACUUAAUAAAUUAGAAGAAGCAGUGAAACACAUACACUGGGGCAUUAGAAGUGGAUCGGUAUUUCUUAGAUGCCUUAAUUGGUCGUGGCAAUGCUUUUAUGGAUUAUGGACAUGACAUAGCCACUGUUGCAGCCAGACAUGACUAUGAGACAGCUAUCCAUACUGAUCCACUUUGUCUGCCAGCUAGAGUCAAUCUUGGCUAUAACCUUCAGGUCACUGGUAAAUUCCAACAAGCAUGGAAUCAUUUUACAGCUUGUCUACAAAUAGAUCCAGAUUACAAACCAGCAUUAGAAGGUAGAUCCAUCGUAUGCCUUCAAAUGAGAGACACAGCCGCUGCAUUUCAGGACAUGAAUACAGCUAUCCAAAUCAGCCCAUCUGCUGAGAUGCUGACAAACAGAGGUGUUAUCCAUCAAUUCAUGGGAGAUCGUACAAACGCUGUCAAAGAUUACCAAGCUGCGAUCAAGCUUGAUGAAACCUACUCAUUAGCAUACUUCAACGCCGCUAAUUUGUAUUUCCAUACGCGCCAGUUCAGACAGGCUAAAGACUACUACCAGAAAGCUUUUGAGAAUAACCCCAG